AUCGUUGUAUUUUUGACAGUUUUGGCCCGCGGGCCGCUAAUUGCCGGCCCCUGGUCUACAUUAAUCUUUGAGAAAUGGAGCCACACCCGCGAGCGCUUUCAGUCUGCCAUGCUGCUCGCUGUGAUCGUCGAGCGUCCACUGACGUAAUCACGCUCUUCUGCGUCCACCUCUGCGUUCGACCUCCGCUCUAACUGACGCACACAAGACGCGACGUGAAGGUGCGUUCAGGUACCAAAAUGUGGUACCGAUUGACUUCACGUGAAUCGAUACUCACUACUUCAGGGGGAAUUCAGUCAGUACCAAUAAAAGUACCGAAUUCGGUACCCAUCCCUAGUCCAGGGUGUACCCCGCCUCUCCUAUCCUCUGUCAUGAUGAGGAUAGGCUGCAGCCGCCCCGCGACCGCCACGUCUUACACACUGGACCUUUAAGAACCUUUUGAGCUUCUUUUAACAUUGAACGUUCAGUUUAUUGUUUAUCAUGAAUGUAUUUACAACCACGUCCCAAAAAGUUGUCAUGCUGUGUUAAAUGUGAAAAGAAACAAAAUGUAAAAACAUUGAAACUCCAUAUUUAACUAAAAAUAACAUAAAGACAACUCAUCAAAUGUUGACACUGGGAAAUUGGAUUGUUUUUGUAGUUAUAUAUUUGACUUAUGCUGCAGAGACAUAAAACACUAUAAGACUGAAUGUAAGAUGAUAUAAAAUAGAUUCUCACAUUUUGUGAAUCAGGCCACAGCGCACAGGGUUACACUGAACUUUAGGGUCCCCCACCUCCCAAAUCUGACUUUAACCCCUGAAUAUAUCACCGGCUGCAAAUAACAAACCAUCAUUCACUGCAGGAGGAGUCAAACAAAUAUGUAAGCAUGUCUGACGCAAACAAGCCUUGGAAAAAUGAAAAUAAAAUGAUUUGCCUAAUAUGAAAAUUACUGUUCUGAAUAGGUCAGACGACACAGAGGUCGUCUUUAACCUGAUCAUAUAUUUCAACUGUCACGAGUCUGAAGUCACAGAAUAGAGAGCGCCAACGAAGAUGGACGUACUUCUUCUGCUCAUCGUGGCAGCAUCAGGGCUGUGUGCUGUCUCAUCACAUGCUGGACGUCAGUACCAUUUUGUUUAUGAGCUGAAGACCUGGACUGAAGCUCGGAGUUACUGCAGAGAGAAAUACACAGACCUGGCUACGAUAGACAACAUGGAGGACAUGAACACCCUGAACAGCAUGGUAGAUCUGAGCAAGAUGGCCGACAUUGAAUACAAGCACCGUGCAUGGAUAGGGCUGUACGAUGACCUGGACAGCUGGAGGUGGUCACUGUCGAACAAAGGUUUCUACAAACAAGGGGAGACUGAGUUCAGACGAUGGGCUGAGGGAGAACCAAACAAUAAGGACAGUACAGAACACUGCACAGUCAUGGUUCAAACUGGACUUUGGGCGGACGUCCCAUGUGAAUCGACCUCUGAGAUGGUGUGCAUGGAUGUCAAAGGAUCGGAUGUGACAUUUGUCCUCAUCAACAAAACCAUGACGUGGACUGAGGCCCAGAACUACUGCAGAACAAACUACACAGACCUGGCCAGUGUGAGAAACAUGACAGAGAACCAGAAGAUACAAGACCUGAAGGGUACGGAAGACAAAGUCUGGAUCGGCCUUUUCAGAGACUUCUGGAAGUGGUCGGAUGGAAGUAACUCUUCAUUUAGGUACUGGAAAGUAUGGGAACCUGAUAACAAACGUUACACAGAGGCUUGUGUGGCAGUAAACUUUGGCCUCUCUGGGAAAUGGGAGGACUGGAAAUAUAACUGGAAGAAGGAAUUCAUUUGCUACAGUCCACCGUCUACAACAAAACGAGUGAUCAAACUGCGUGUGUUGAAGAAGACCUCCGGUCAGGAUUUGAAUGACCCUGCUGUGAACGAGCAAAUGUUAGAGCAGCUCAGACAGAGGCUGAAGGACCACGGCGUGAAUCCAGACGAUGUCAAACUGAGCUGGAGGAAGCAGGCGGAUGGAAAGGUCUUCCACAAGGUGGAGAAGAAGACCGAGAAGAAGACAAAGAAGACUGAGCUCUAAUGUUGAAUCAGCUGCGUCUGUUUUCCUCAAAGUCCUCGUGUAACAGAUCAGAACAGAUCAUGAACAAUUAGUCACAACUGUUUGAAAAAUCACUUAUUCCUUUUAGUGAUUUUUCAAACAAUAUUUGCUGGUUCCAGCUUCUCAGAUGUGAUGAUCUGAAGCUUUUCUUUGUUAUAUAUGAUCAUCAGCUUCAUAUCUUUGGCUGUUAGAUUUGAAUUCAUCUCCUUUUUUUCUGACAUUUUAUAGAUGAAUUAAUAAUCAAAUGAAAAAAUUGGCAGAUUAAUUGAUAAUGAUAUUAACAUCCGGUGCAGCCCUAAAUCAGAACAUCUCCAAACGAGAUAUAAAUCGUUAUUAUGUCACCUGUGACAAUUUCAAGCAAAUUCCUUAAAGAAACUCUAAAAUAAGAUACAAUAAGAUGAAAUAGAUACUUAAAGAUUGAUCCAUCAGAAUCAGAAUCAGAAGUACUUUAUUAAUCCCCGCAGGGAAAUA